UGGAUGUCAUAUUACAUUGGAUUCUUUAAAGAAAGGAACAAGCUUUAGUUCCAGACUUCAAGGACAUUUGAUUGGCUCUUCUUUUUUGUCUUUCUCUGAAUAAUGUGUUCUGGUAGCUUUGCCAAAUGCCUUGGCAUCACUCUCAUUCCUCUUGCUAUUCUUUGCACCCUUGCAAACAUUUUACUGUUUUUUCCAGGAGGGAAAACAGUAGAUAAGAAUGAGAACAUCACAGAAGAGGUGUGGUACUUCGGAGGGUUAAUGGGGUCUGGAGUUCUAAUGAUAUUCCCUGCCUUGGUUUUUCUGGGUCUGAAAAACAAUGACUGCUGUGGAUGCUGCGGGAAUGAGAGCUGUGGGAAACGCUUUGCGAUGUUCACCUCUAUUAUAUUCGCUGCAGUGGGACUGGCAGGGGCAGGAUACUCUUUCAUAGUGUCUGCUGUUGCCAUUGAUAGAGGUCCAAAAUGUUCAACUGCUGAAGGAUAUAGGUAUCCAUUUGAUAAUGGGGAUUAUCUGUCAAACAGCACACUAUGGACUGUAUGUAAAGGGCCUGGAGACAUUGUUACUUGGCACCUGACCCUCUUUUCCAUGCUGUUGAUAAUGGGCGCUGUCCAGGCGGUGCUGUGUGCAGUCCAGGUCAUUAACGGACUCAUCGGCGCAAUAUGUGGUGACUGUUGUGGCUGCUGUGGGGGCAAUGGACCUGUCUAACUGCACUGAAUAAAAAGAAGAAAGCGUGACACAUUUCUCAUUGAAAACGAGUUUACAAGUGUUACAUUUUAUUUUCCUAUUUCAGAAAUGUAAUAUUGUUUCAGGGCAUUGUUUAUUAUACUUUGUUGGAGGAUGUUUGUCUUAUGAUAACAGAUGCACAAAACGGAUGCCAUUUUUAUAUAUCUAUAUCUAUAUCUAUCUAUC